UCUCAUUACGUAACCAAACCACAUAUGGGAUUGUCAUCCCGCCAGUGCUUUUCCAAUAUCCCCAAUAUUGGUCUGCUUUCAAAAGUUUUAGUUCUAUUGUUGUUUCAUGUUCUUGGGGUUGGCUCCUUAUACUCUAGGCAGCAGCAGCCAUCUACUUGCCAUGGUGAGGAGCGCGCAGCCUUGCUGCAGUUUAAGCAAAGCUUCAUUAUUGAUCCAUCUACUUCGGUUGACGAUGCUUCUUAUCCAAAGGUCUCAUCAUGGAAGGCAACUGAAGGAGAUCAAAAUAGCAACUGCUGCUCAUGGGACGGGGUUGAGUGUGAUGAGGACACAGGUCAUGUGACUGGGCUUGAUCUUAGUAGCAGCUGUCUCUAUGGCUCCAUCAACGCCAGCAGCAGCCUCUUUCGUCUUGUUCAUCUCCGGAGGCUGAACCUUGCUUACAACAAUUUCAAUUACUCUCGAAUUCCUACAACAAUUAGGAAUCUUUCCAAUCUCAGGUACCUCAACCUUUCCUCCUCUGCGUUUUCUGGCCAAGUCCCAUCUGAAAUUUUACAGUUGUCCGAAUUAUCAUUGCUUGACCUGUCUGGCAAUCUUGAUACACUUUCUGGUGACGGACUGAUGAAGCUUGAAGUACCCAAUCUGGCAAAUCUAGUUCAAAACUUAACUAGUCUUAAAAAGCUUCAUCUCAGCUACAUAAACAUAUCUUCCCCAAUUCCGGAUUCAUUGGCGAAUUUGUUAUCUUUGUCAUCCCUUCAUCUAGGGAAUUGUCAAUUGUAUGGCGAAUUCCCUGUAAGAGUCUUCAAGUUACAAUACUUGACAUUCCUUUCCGUGGCAUAUAACCAAGAGCUUUCUGGUUAUUUGCCCAACUUCAACAGAAGUAGUCCUCUCACGUCCCUGUCAGUCCCAUUCACUAAGUUUUCCGGACCUCUUCCUUCAUCGAUCGGAGAGCUCUAUGCAUUGAACCACUUGAGUUUGGCAUCUUGCAGUUUCUCAGGUCCAAUUCCUGCUUCACUGGCAAACCUCACCCAACUCGAUUAUUUGUCACUUGCAAAUAAUAAUUUUGUUGCCGGUCCUUUGUCUUGGAUUGGUAAGCAGACGAGACUUACCUUUCUUAAAAUUGGAAGGAUGAAUCUUAACGGUCACAUCCCGUCUUCUCUUGGUAACCUCACAAAGCUUACCGUACUGUUGCUUCCUGAUAAUCAACUAGGUGGUUCAAUCCCUUCUUUGUUUGGUAACCUUACCAGACUAGUUGCUUUGGAUUUGAGUGGUAAUAGUUUGCACGGUCCAAUUCCUCAAUCGUUGUUUAGUCUUAUGGACCUCGACUGGCUUUCUCUAAGUGAAAAUUACCUUCACGGUAAAUUUGACAUUUGUAAGGUACAAAGUUCUAUCACAGUUCUCCAAUUAGGUGCGAGCAAUCUAGAAUUGUCUCACUGUAAAAUUAUGAAUACAACUCUGACAGAGCUCGGGUUGGCCGACUUCAACAUAAAAGAGUUUCCCGAUUUCCUACGACAUCAACAUAACUUGAAGUGGUUGGACCUCUCUCAUAAUGAUUUGCAUGGUCAAAUACCAAACUGGAUGUGGAAUACAAGCACACAAAGUUUAAAGUUCCUGGACCUUAAAUCCAAUUCCCUUUCGGGGUUUGGCCAACCGAAUGUUGUCCUUCCUUGGGCUGAACUAGAAGUUUUAUUUGUUACAUCUAAUUUGCUAGAUGGAUCACCACCCAUACCUCCUCCGAACAUCAUCGAUUAUUCACUCGUGGACAACAAACUUACCGGGAAACUAUCACCAUCGAUGUGCAAUCUAAGUUCCCUUCAAUACCUUGGUCUGUCAAGCAACAAACUGAGUGGCUCCAUUCCGCCAUGUCUUGGUAACUUCAGUGAUGUUUUAAAAGUUUUAGAUCUUGGGUACAACUCUUUCCAUGGGAUUCUUCCUCAAACAUACAGCAACACAAGUAACCUGCAGGUGCUUGAUGUCGGUUAUAACCAAUUGCAUGGGGAAGUACCGAGGUCACUGGCAAAUUGUGUGAUGCUUCAGUCUCUUGUUCUUAGGGUGAAUAAAUUCAGAGAUGUUUUCCCUUUUUGGUUGGGCUUUCUUCCAGAGCUUAAACUCAUGUCAAUGCACGACAAUGAGUUCUACGGUGAAAUUGAAAUUACAAAAAAAAAUCUUCAUUUUCCAGAGCUGAGAAUUCUUGACCUUUCGUACAAUAAGUUCAUUGGUGAGUUUCCCUCUAAAUAUAUCUUCUCUGGCAAUGGCAUGAGAGGUAUAGUUCUGAGACAACCCUCAUAUAUGGCAGCAAGCUCUAAUCUCGAUAUCGUCCCUGGUGCACCUUCGUUUGCUUAUGAUUUCAAAGUCACCAUCUCCAACAAAGGUGUCGAGAGAUACUACUCGGAGAUUCAAGAAGAUCUUGGGGUGGUUGAUAUCUCAAGUAAUAAUUUUCAAGGGGAAAUUCCAGAAUUCAUUGGAAACUUGAAAGGGCUUCGCUUUUUCAACAUUUCCAAUAAUAACUUCAACGGCAACAUCCCAUUAGGCUUGGAAAAUUUGACGUUGCUUGAAGCUUUGGACCUUUCACAAAACCAGCUCUCAGGAGAGAUUCCUCAGCAACUAGCGCAGCUUACAUCUCUGUCGAUUCUUAAUGUCUCUUACAACAAUCUCACUGGUUCUAUACCACAAGGUCCCCAGUUUCAUACAUUUGAGAACUCUUCAUUCAUGGGAAACCCAGGAUUGUGCGGAGAACCUUUGACAAAGGGAUGUGGGAACUCUGAUGCGCCGGUUCAGCUACCACCCUCAAGUAACAGUGAAGAAAUUGUUUCAGGCUCUGCUUUUGAAUUUGACUGGAAAUUUGUGUUGGCUGGAAUUGCGAGUGGGUUGGUAGUUGGAGUGGUACUUGCAGACUUGGCGAUCACUAGGAAGCGUGAGUUGUUUCUUGACAUAGUUGGGAUGAUGAUCAGACAAAUGAAAAGGAUCAGAAGGCAGAUGAAGUACUAAUUUAUGAGUGUGAUAUAAAGUUGUGCAUUUGGUAUUGUAUGUAGGUUUUCUGUUUGUUUGUUUUCUUUAAAAUCGCCUAGUUCUUUGAAUAAAAGUUUCAAGACACUGUUGUGUUCCUUGAUCAUG